AUGUUGGACCCAUCUUCAAGUGAAGAGGAAGCGGAUGAGAUAGUGGAAGAAGAAGGCAAAGAGGUGAUGGCACCAAAGACCGGGGGAGCACGGGUGUCACCCAGCCGGACCACCGACAGUUCUGGUGGGCUCCAGCCCUCGAGCCGGGGAAGCAGCGCUUGUGCGUCCAACCCCAGCCCCUCGGCGGCCAGCGAGAAGGAGAAAGAUGAUCUGGAAAAGAUGCAGAGGGAGGAGGAAGAGCGAAAGAAGAGGCUCCAGCUCUAUGUCUUUGUGAUGCGCUGCAUUGCCUAUCCUUUUAAUGCCAAGCAACCCACCGACAUGGCAAGACGACAACAGAAGAUCAGUAAGCAGCAGUUACAGACAGUGAAGGAGCGUUUCCAGGCUUUCCUCAGUGGUGACACCCAGAUAGUGGCAGACGAGGCCUUCAUCAAUGCAGUCCAGAGCUACUAUGAUAUAUUCCUGAAGAGUGACCGUGUGUCCCGGAUGGUCCAGAGUGGAGGCUGCUCGGCCAGUGACUCGCGGGAGGUCUUCAAGAAGCACAUUGAGAAGCGUGUCCGUAGCCUGCCGGAGAUCGACGGCCUAAGUAAGGAGACAGUGCUCAGCUCCUGGAUGGCCAAGUUUGACACAAUCUACCGCGGAGAGGAUGACCCCAGGAAGCACCAGCAGCGGAUGACAGCCAGUGCAGCCUCAGAGCUCAUCCUCAGUAAGGACCAGCUCUACGAGAUGUUCCAGUCCAUCCUGGGCAUCAAGAAGUUUGAGCACCAGCUCCUCUACAACGCCUGUCAGCUUGAUAACCCAGACGAGCAGGCUGCACAGAUCAGGAGAGAACUGGACGGACGACUGCAGAUGGCUGAUCAGAUCGCCAGGGGCGGCAAGUUUCCCAAGUUUGUGUCCAAAGAGAUGGAGGCCAUGUUCAUAGAGGAGCUGAGAUCCUCAGUGAACCUGCUGAUGGCUAACCUGGAGAGCAUGCCCGUGUCCAAGGGAGGAGAGUUCAAACUGCAGAAGCUCAAACGAGGGCACAACACCUCCAUCAUAGACAUGGGCCAGGAGGACGAGAACACGCUGUCCAAGUCUGAUGUGGUGCUCUCCUUCACACUGGAGGUGGUGAUUGUGGAGGUUCAGGGGUUAAAGUCGCUGGCGCCCAAUCGGAUCGUCUACUGCACCAUGGAGGUGGAGGGGGGGCAUAAGCUCCAGACUGACCAGGCCGAGGCCUCCAAACCAACCUGGGGGACCCAGGGGGACUUCACCACAACACACCCUCUGCCUGCUGUCAAGGUGAAGUUGUUCACUGAGAGCACAGGAGUCCUGGCCCUGGAGGACAAAGAGCUUGGCAGGGUGGUACUCCAUCCGACCCCUAACAGUCCCAAACAGUCCGAACUACACAAGAUGUCCGUGUCCAAAGGCUGCUCUGACAGUGACCUGAAGAUCAAACUGGCCAUCCGCAUGGACAAGCCACAAAACAUGAAGCACUGUGGGUACCUAUGGGCUAUUGGUAAAAAUGUGUGGAAGAGAUGGAAGAAGAGAUUCUUUGUCUUGGUGCAGGUGAGCCAGUACACCUUUGCCAUGUGCAGCUACAGAGAGAAGAAGGCAGAGCCUGUGGAGCUGCUUCAACUGGACGGCUACACUGUAGACUACACCGACCCUCAGCCAGGUCUUGACGGUGGGAGGACCUUCUUCAAUGCAGUAAAGGAAGGUGACACUGUGAUCUUUGCCAGUGAUGACGAGCAGGACCGCAUCCUGUGGGUCCAGGCUAUGUACCGGGCCACGGGCCAGUCCCACAAGCCAAUCCCCCCCACCCAGGUCCAGAAACUCAACAACAGAGCAGGCUCCGCACCUCAGCUAGACGCACCCAUCUCCCAGUUCUACGCGGACCGGGCGCAAAAACAUGGCAUGGAUGAGUUCAUCUCAGCCAACCCCUGCAGCUUUGACCACUCCUCUCUGUUUGAGAUGGUGCAGCGCCUCACCCUGGACCACAGACUCAAUGACUCCUACUCCUGUUUGGGUUGGUUCAGUCCAGGCCAGGUGUUUGUCAUGGAUGAGUACUGUGCUCGUAAUGGUGUGCGGGGGUGUCACAGACACCUGUGUUACCUGGGUGACCUGCUUGAGAGAGCAGAGAACGGGGCUAUGAUUGACCCCACCCUGCUGCACUACAGCUUUGCCUUCUGUGCCUCACACGUCCAUGGCAACAGGCCUGACGGGAUAGGAACUGUCACUGUCGAGGAGAAGGAACGCUUUGAGGAUAUCAAAGAGAGGCUGCGUGUUCUGCUGGAGAACCAGAUCACACACUUCAGGUACUGUUUUCCAUUUGGUCGACCGGAGGGGGCCCUGAAAGCCACUUUGUCCCUGCUUGAGAGGGUGCUGAUGAAGGAUAUUGUGACUCCUGUGCCCCAGGAGGAGGUGAAGACAGUCAUCCGUAAAUGUCUGGAGCAGGCAGCCUUGAUCAACUACCAGCGCCUCUCAGAAUACGCCAAAGUAGAAGAGAAUGUAGGGCGCUUAGUCACCCCAGCCAAAAAGCUGGAGGACACCAUCCGCCUGGCCGAAUUGGUCAUCGAGGUUCUCCAACAGAAUGAGGAGCACCAUGCAGAGGGCAAAGAGGCGUUUGCGUGGUGGUCUGACCUGAUGGUGGAGCACGCGGAGACCUUCCUGUCUCUGUAUGCGGUGGACAUGGACGCAGCUCUGGAGGUGCAGCCCCCUGACAGCUGGGACAGCUUCCCUCUCUUCCAGCUCCUCAAUGACUUCCUGAGGACCGACUAUAACCUGUGCAACGGGCAGUUCCAUAGACACCUGCAGGACCUGUACGCCCCCCUUGUGGUGCGAUAUGUGGACCUCAUGGAGUCAUCUAUCGCCCAGUCCAUCCACAGGGGCUUCGAGAGGGAGUCCUGGGAGCCUGUCAAGAGCCUAACAAGUCAUCUUCCUGAUUUGAGUCUACCAAAUGUCAAGCUCCAAAUGCCCAAAGUACCAAAUCUACCACCAGUUAGCCUUCUAACAAUGCCUAGCUUUUCUACACCCAACUGGAUAGCAGCUACAUGUGACUCAGAUAAUGGCUCGGGGACAUCCGAGGAUCUGUUCUGGAAGCUGGAUGCGCUGCAGACCUUCAUCAGAGACCUGCACUGGCCUGAGGAGGAGUUUGGCAAACACCUGGAGAGCAGGCUCAAACUCAUGUCCAGCGACAUGAUUGAGUCCUGCGUCAAACGAACGAGGGUGGCCUUUGAGGCCAAGCUCCAGAAGAGCGGUCGGACCACAGACCUCCGCGUGCCUCAGUCCAUCUGCACCAUGUUCAACGUGAUGGUGGAUGCCAAGGCCCAGUCAGCCAAGCUGUGUGCCAUGGAGCUGGGACAGGAGAGACAGUACCAUUCCCAAAUCGAUGCUCUCAUAGAGGAGACUGUGAAGGAGAUGAUCACCUUACUGGUAGCAAAGUUUGUGGUCAUUCUAGAGAGUGUCCUAGCCAAACUGUCCAGAUACGACGAGGGCACUCUCUUCUCCUCCUUCCUCUCUUUCACAGUGAAAGCUGCAUCAAAGUAUGUGGAUGUACCUAAGCCUGGGAUGGACAUUGCCGACGGUUACGUGACCUUUGUGCGCCAUUCUCAGGACAUGCUGCGGGAUAAGGUCAAUGAGGAGGUGUAUGUAGAAAGGUUAUUUGCCCAAUGGUACACCAGCACCAUGAACCUCCUGGGUAUGUGGCUGACUGACCGGAUGGACCUACAGCUCCAUGUCUACCAACUCAAGAUCCUCAUCAGAGUAGUCAAGAAAAAGUACCGUGACUUCCGGCUGCAGGGCGUCCUGGACUCCACACUAAACAGUAAGAUGUAUGACACAGUGCGGAACAGACUGACCCUAGAGGAGGCCACGGCGUCGGUGAGGGAAGGAGGGAUGUCGGGCAUAUCCAUGAAGGACAGUGAUGAAGACGACGAUGAUGACUAGAUCAACAUCACCGGAUGGAGCCUGCGAAUCAAUGCAUGUACCAACUUUGUUAACCACUGGACCAAUCUUAUAGGGUUAUUAUUUUCCACUGUCAGAUAGAUAGAAAUACCCACAAAGGAACAACAAUACAAAUUAGUAACCAAAUACAUAAAUUCUAAUGAUAUUAGUUAUUAUAAUUAUAAAAUAUAUAUAUUUAUGUGUUGAACUAAAAAAGUAUAGGUGUUUCACAAAAAAAAGUUAACAUUUGCCUAGCAUUCACUCUUGAAUGUUCCUAAGCAAUAUGGAGAGCCAUGUAUGCGAUGUUGAGUACCAUGAUUAGGGAUAAUGCUUGGUGUGUACCUGUUGAAUGCAAACCUGUUGAGGCGCUUUGCUAACGUACUGUGAAUACAGUAAUGGUACAUCAUUGUGAGGAGGAGAGUAACAUCACCUAUUGUUCUCAUUCAUCUCAGAGCGUAUGUCUACUGCCUAAAGGGAACCAAACUACAGACAGCCAGGCAACCUGUUUGUAUAUAGAUUACAACAUAUUAUAAAAAGUAGCUAUCCAUUUUCUCUCGUCUCUUAACAUCAAUGUAGAAUUUACUUUGUUGACUCAAUUCAAUACUCAAUACUACAACAUUUUCCCUCACUGGCAAAACAUUUAGCCACAUUUUUUUUUAAAUUAUGAGUUGUUUUAGAAAUGUAAUAUUUUCAUUGUUUCAUUGUUAUGUCUUGUUGAUGUAUUUAUUGAUAAUUUAUGUUUUUUUAAACAUAAUUUUUUUUUUAAAUAUGUUAUAUUUUAGUUAUAAUAGCAAUUAUAGCACAAAGAUAUUCAAUCACAAAGGGAAAAGAGACUUUCUUCUGUGUCCCGUAUACUUCCGCCAUUCCAGGUAAUUAUGUGUGUCCACACUUUUAUAUCUUUAUUGUGUCUGCCAGUAUUUCCUCUGCCGCUGAUGUUGUUUUGUAUAUACACAUACUGUACAUUGCCCUGUGUGCAGUUACUGAAUGUCCCAGGUAUCCUCUUCUCUCCAGAAGUGUGUUUGUUCUCAGUGUAAAGUUACUGAAUGUCCCAGGUAUCCUCUUCUCUCCAGAAGUGUGUUUGUUCUCAGUGUAAAGUUACUGAAUGUCCCAGGUAUCCUCUUCUCUCCAGAAGUGUGUUUGUUCUCAGUGUGCAGUUACUGGUGGAGUAAUUUUGCUUCUGCCUUAUGGGAGCCUAUAGAACUGGCGCCCACAAAGUGAAAAUAAAAGUAUCUGUACAAACA